AUGAUAUUACACACCUAUAUUAUUCUCUCGUUAUUGACUAUAUUUCCUAAAGCUAUUGGUCUGUCCUUGCAGAUGCCAAUGGCCUUGGAAGCUAGUUAUGCCUCAUUAGUGGAGAAAGCAACCCUCGCUGUUGGACAAGAAAUUGAUGCCAUACAAAAGGGUAUUCAGCAAGGUUGGUUGGAAGUAGAGACAAGAUUUCCAACUAUAGUGUCACAGUUAUCCUAUAGUACUGGCCCAAAAUUUGCGAUCAAGAAGAAAGAUGCAACUUUUUGGGAUUUCUAUGUUGAAAGUCAAGAGUUGCCAAACUACCGGUUACGCGUGAAAAGGAACAAUCCCGAAGUUUUGAAAGUUGAUUUUACUAAACAGUAUAGCGGGUAUUUGGACGUAGAGGCUGAUGACAAGCAUUUUUUUUACUGGUUUUUUGAAUCGAGGAAUGACCCACAGAAUGACCCAAUUAUUUUAUGGUUGAAUGGUGGCCCUGGCUGCUCUUCCUUGACUGGUCUCUUUUUCGAAUUAGGAUCGUCUAGAAUUAAUGAAAAUCUGAAACCAAUUUUCAACCCCUAUUCGUGGAAUGGUAAUGCUUCAAUCAUCUACUUAGAUCAACCGGUCAAUGUUGGGUUUUCUUAUUCUUCAUCAUCGGUGAGUAACACUGUUGUUGCGGGAGAAGAUGUGUAUGCAUUUCUUCAGCUUUUUUUUCAACACUUCCCGGAAUAUCAAACUAAUGACUUUCAUAUUGCCGGUGAAUCUUAUGCAGGACAUUACAUUCCGGUGUUUGCAGACGAAAUUUUGAGUCAAAAGAACAGAAAUUUCAAUCUUACUUCAGUCUUGAUCGGAAAUGGAUUAACUGACCCUUUGACUCAAUACCGAUAUUACGAGCCAAUGGCUUGUGGUGAAGGUGGUGCCCCGUCAGUACUGCCUGCCGAUGAGUGCGAAAAUAUGCUAGUUACCCAAGAUAAAUGUUUGUCUUUAAUUCAAGCAUGCUACGACUCACAGUCGGCAUUCACAUGCGCACCGGCUGCCAUUUAUUGUAAUAACGCUCAGAUGGGACCCUAUCAGAGAACUGGGAAGAAUGUGUAUGAUAUUCGUAAGGAAUGUGAUGGUGGAUCCUUGUGCUAUAAGGACCUUGAAUUCAUCGAUACCUACUUAAAUCAAAAGUUUGUUCAAGAUGCUUUGGGCGCCGAGGUCGAUACCUAUGAAUCUUGCAAUUUUGAAAUCAACAGAAACUUUUUAUUUGCUGGAGAUUGGAUGAAACCUUAUCAUGAACAUGUCAGCAGUCUCUUGAACAAAGGUUUGCCCGUUUUGAUUUACGCAGGGGACAAAGAUUUCAUUUGCAACUGGUUGGGUAAUCGAGCAUGGACUGAUGUCUUGCCGUGGGUUGAUGCUGAUGGUUUUGAAAAAGCCGAAGUCCAAGAUUGGUUGGUUAAUGGAAGGAAGGCUGGUGAAUUUAAGAACUAUAGCAACUUCACCUACCUAAGGGUUUAUGAUGCUGGUCAUAUGGCCCCAUAUGAUCAGCCAGAGAAUUCUCAUGAAAUGGUCAAUAGAUGGAUAUCCGGAGACUUUAGCUUUCACUAG